AGCUGUGUUUUUAAAUAUGUUUCAGUGUGCGUCGUAUUUUUCUAUGCAGUAAUAAAUACUCUUUGUCCUUCCAGUAUUGUCGGUCAAAGGUCACGCUGACCUGUCACACUCCCGCCAAUUCUGUAUUUCCGGUUGAGGCGCGCUGCAAACACACACAGACAUGGAUCUGAGUGAUUUUGAGGCGGAUAACUCUGUGAGCUGCCGCUUGUCCUCGUCCACCCCGGAUGUGUGUAAGACAGAGGACUGCUGCCUGGGCAUCGAUGAGGCAGGCAGGGGUCCUGUACUGGGACCCAUGGUGUAUGGGAUAUGCUUCUGUCCUGUAUCCAGAAAGGAAGACCUCAAGAAUUUGAAAGUGGCAGACUCAAAGACGCUGACAGAGGCAGAGAGAGAGAACCUGUUUCUGAAGAUCGAUGAGGCCAAAGAUUUUGUAGGCUGGGCCCUUCAGAUCCUCUCACCAAACACCAUUUCCACCAGCAUGCUGCAGAGAGCAAAAUACAAUCUGAAUGCGCUGUCACAUGAUGCAGCGAUUGGUCUGGUGCAGGACACCCUGGACUGUGGGGUGCAGCUCAAAGAGGUGUUUGUGGAUACAGUAGGUCCUGCAGAGAAGUAUCAGGAGAAGCUCUCCCAGCGGUUCCCGGGGGUGGAGGUCACCGUCCGUCCCAAAGCUGAUUCUCUCUUCCCCAUCGUCAGCGCUGCCAGCAUCUGUGCCAAGGUGGCUAGAGACCAUGCUGUCAAAUCCUGGAAAUUUGCAGAAGAUUUGGGUGAAGUGGACACAGAUUAUGGCUCUGGGUAUCCUAAUGAUCCCAAAACUAAGAGCUGGCUGCUGAAGUUUCUGGACCCAGUGUUUGGUUAUCCUCAGUUUGUGAGGUUCAGCUGGAGCACAGCGCAGACGCUCAUGGACAGUAAAGCUGUUGCUGUUCACUGGGACGAUGAUGAGGAAGAUGGAGAAAAAGCCGCUGCUCGUCAGAAUAACACCUCAGUGCUGUCGUAUUUCAGCCGUAGCAAACCGUCAGAGCUCGCACACACACGAGACACACACCGCUUUUUCACUGAGCGCAAGCUACAGAGCAUCAACACACUCUGAACACAAACACUGUCCAUCAAUGAGAGAAGCACUCAACAUAUCACAAAACACACGUCAACUGGAUAUGUCCAACAUAAUAUCGCAAAUAAUGAACUGUGCAUGAACCAGAAUGUAUUAUAUUCUCAUUUGUUUUUUUUAUGGUGUGUAUUCUUCAUUUCUGGAUGUAAAAUCAAUAAA